GAAUAUUAGUGUGAAAUCAAAGCGUAGUUCUAAAGAUAGUAAAUAGUAAAAUUUUCAAGUAAAAACAAUAUAAAUAAUGUAGACAACUGUAACCUACUAAGUUUAAUCAUGGAAGGUCCUUGUAGAGUAAGUAAAUGUCCGAUCUUUUGUAUAUUGAAAGCUGUGGUUGUUGCACUUUUGACGAUUUUUGUGUUGUUCUGCCCAAUCGGUGAUCCGGCCGAAUUAUGUAAUAAUACGAAUAAAUCUCGAAACCAAAAUAUACCGUUGAUCUGUUUAUGUGAAUUCUACAUCGAAACAAUAAAAUUGUUUAACAAAACAAAGGAAGUUACGGAGUUAGUGGUGUGCAGAGCGUUGGACUUGCUAUAUGAAGCUAAACUAAAGUUUUAUGCUGUAUUGAAUAAGGUGGACGGGUCUGAUUUAUAUCAGUCAGUUUGUUGUAAGGACAGUGAGGUUAGCGUUGAAGACGCUGAACAGCAGCAACUUGCUUGCAAGUGUACAAGAAAAUGCUGCAGCUGCAGAAAAAAAAACUGUUGAAAAUUAAAUUAUAUAAUUUUAUUAAUUUCUAUAUACACACAGCUGUAUUAAAUUCAAUAAUAAUGAAUAUGAGUAUACGAUUUGCUGAUUCCAAAAU